GAUUUAAUAGAUGAGGUUAAGCAGAGGUCGGCUCAAGAGGAUGAUUCCAACAUGGCGGAUGUCUCGAUUUGGGAUUUUGCGGGGCAAUAUGUAUUCUAUGCCACUCACCAGGUGUUCUUAUCUAAGAGAGCGGUGUAUUUGUUAGUCACAGACAUAUCUAAACACGUGGAGGACACAGUAAAAGAUGACGACUGUUUCUUAGAUAGUAAAGGUGUCAAACAUUGGAAAAUUUCAGAAUUCGUUGAUUUCUGGUUAAAUUCCAUCCACGAGUUUUGUGGUUCGUCGGAUGACGGGGGCCCACCGGUCCUGCUGGUUGGAACGUUUGCAGAUAAGAUAAAACAAGAAUCAAAACAAGAGACAAUAGACGAUUUUUUCUAUACAUUGAGGAGCUCGCUGGUUGACAAGGUAACCAGUAAUCAUCUUAUAGAGGAAGACUUUGCCAUUGAUAAUACUGUCAAAGACGGCAAUAUAGAUUUAUUGAAACAACAAAUUGUAAAAACCGCUUCAACACAAUCGUAUUGGGGAGAGCUUAUUCCCGCGAAGUGGAUAACAUUGGAAAACAGCAUUUCCAGUCUGAAAAAUAAGGGUUCCAAGGUAAUUCUACAUAAAGACAUGCUGCGACGUCUAAACAACACAUUGCCUGUUCCCAUAGAAACCGAUGAUGAACUGGAAUUGUUUCUAAGGUUUCAUCAUGAAUCUGGAACUAUUCUAUAUUACAGCGAUGAUAAGUUAAGUGACACAAUUGUCCUUGACCCUCAAUGGUUGAUCGACGCUUUCAAGAGCCUUAUUACCGCCAAAAUGUUCUGCUGCAGAAAACCGAACAUAUUCAAGAAAUGGAUUCAGUUUGACCAGACAGCAAUAUUGACUAGAGAACUUAUUGAUGCAAUUUGGGAGCAGAAAGAGAAUAGUGCGUUUUAUGAGCUCAAGGACCUUCUACUAAAUUAUUUGGAGAAACUUGGAUUCAUCGCUAAACCACAGCAGCUUUCCGAUGUUACUGAUGAAACAGAUUACUACUUUGCUCCGUGUGUCCUGAAACACCCGCCGCCAGAUGACUUGUUAAUACAACAAGACAACACGGACAACAGGUCCACCAGUAAACUGUGUUUGACAACCGAAUUAAGAUUUCUACCCACAGCUGUCUUCAACAAACUCCUAGCCGCUUGUAUCAACAAAUGGCCACUGUCCAAAUCAAAUUCAAAACAUUUAAUAUUCUGCGGGUGUGCGGUCUUUGAUCUCGAAGGAAAUCAUACACUUUAUUUGUACUUUUUCGAUCACGUUAUUCAGAUUUGGAUUACAAAAUUUAGCACCCAGAACAAAGAGCCAUCCAAACGUUUAUGUUCCCAAGUUUACGCAUUUGUCUUAGACUCUCUCUCCAACAGCUUGCACCUUUCGGAUCAUCUGAAGGUGUUCUUCAAAUGCCGGUCUUCUCAGCAUAAUUCAAUUGAAGACAUGUUUUCAGAAGGUGAACUUUCAAAAGAUAAAGAGAUUGUUUGUAACUGCAGGACCAAAAAGCAUGUGUUACAAACUAAUGAGCUAACCAGUUACUGGCAUUGUACAGAGGAAGAUGUCCCUGAAGAAAUGUUAACAGAUAAAGACAUCCAUCGCAUUGCUCAAAACAUUGGUAAAGAAUACGAGACGCUCGCGUUAGAACUUGGUCUAUCCCAAGCCGAAAUGGAUCACAUAAAUCUAGAUUCCAACACUGCCGUAGACAGAAUAAGACGUAUGCUUCUUCGAUGGAGAGAUAAAAUGAAAGGGGAAGCUACUCUGUACACUUUAACAGAAGCUAUGAAAGCUGUUGGAAUUGAUUCUAGUACAGUUUUAGAAAGUGCAAAAAGUCCGUUGUAGAUGUAACAGGGUGAGAAAAAUGUGCAGCCUGGCUGGGCUUUAAAACCGGGACCCUUGGAAUGCCGUUCCGCGGCUCUACCGACUGAUUACACAUCUUUUCCCCUAAAUAGUGGACAGUCCUUAACCGUGACAUAGAUACCAAAAUUGAAAAGGUUUAAAAUGAAUGGAAUGCUUUUCUAGUUGCAAAAGUAGAAUUUAUCUGAAUAUUAUUUGCAUUUUUGAUUGAUUAAAGGUGUGCGAGACAAAAUGUAGAUACUGUGCUUCA